UGAAACGGGCGUGUUCUUUUUCAGGUAGGAGAUGUGGCAGUGUCCAUAUUGCACAGUAUGGUAGCCGCUCAUUCAGGUAUAUAUGAUGCUGGAGAGAUUGUUACACCAACCCCCAGAGUAAAGAGGAUCUUGUUGAGCUCAUGCUGUCUUCCACAUAUUGCACAAGCAAUGCUUUCUGGUGAACCGACUAUUGUUGAUGCUGCUGCUGCUCUGCUGAAAGCUAUAGUUACUAGGAACCCAAAAGCAAUGAUCCAAUUAUACAGUACAGGCGCAUUUUAUUCUGCUCUGGCUUACCCUGGAUCUAAUCUUCUUUCAAUUGCCCAACUCUUCUCAGUGACUCAUGUUUAUCAAGCUGGAUCUAAUCUUCUUUCAAUUGCCCAACUCUUCUCAGUGACUCAUGUUUAUCAAGCUUUUCAUGGUGGUAAGGAAGCUGCAGUUUCCUCUUCUCUACCUUUGGCGAAAGGAAGUGUUUUGGGCGGCCUCCUACCUGAGUCAUUGCUUUAUGUAUUGGAACGUAGCGGCCCAGUUGCUUUUGCCGCAGCAAUGGUUUCUGAUUCUGACACUCCUGAGAUUAUUUGGACACACAAGAUGCGAGCAGAAAAUCUGAUCCGUCAGGUUCUUCAGCAUCUUGGUGAUUUCCCUCAGAAAUUGUCACAGCAUUGUCAUUCCUUAUAUGACUAUGCUCCAAUGCCACCAGUGACAUAUCCAGAGCUGAAAGAUGAAAUGUGUAAUGUGGAGAGAAGAGUUAACUCGAAGGCCAAUGGACCUUUCUGAAGAAGAAGCUUGCAAGAUACUAGAGAUUUCCAUUGAUGAAGUAUCCAGAGACGACUCCCCUAAGAAACCAAGUUUUGAGUCAGUUGAGGAGAUACCUAAUAUAUCAAAGCAGAUUGAGUUUAUUGAUGAGGAAAAGCUCAAGAGACAGUAUAGGAAACUUGCAAUGAAGUAUCAACCAAACAAAAAUCCUGAAGCGAGGGAG